CCAAGCCGACAGAUAUUGAUUUCAGUAGUUUUGCAAAUAUUUCGUUGGAAAAUUAUAUUUGGCCAGUUGGUUCUCGGAGCAAAGUAGUCAUGAUUCCGGAGCACAUAUACAGUACACAUGUACAUCAGGUGUUAAAACCAGAACCUGGAAAGCUCGUAACAGUCGUUCCACCUGAAACUGCUCUUGUUUUUCAUUUAAGACGAGUUAUGCGAGAUAAGCUAUGGUCAUCAAAUACAACAAUGCGAACCGAUGCACUUGCUCGAUUUAUUGAUCCAUGCAAUAAGUCAUGGGAAAACCGGUUGAAAGUGAUCAGACAAAUUCCUGAAGCUAAAAUAUUACACGGAAAUGAAUGGCCCCAAAGAGGAAACCAGGUAAUGGAAGAAGUGGAAGCAUGCCGUGAGCAACUUGAUUCGAUUCGAAAUGACAUUUGCCAUUCACCAUAUCGCUGUAUGUCCAAGAUUACCUCUGUUAAAACAAACGAAUGGGUUAUUGCGCAACAGACUUGGACUGUUUUAUGAAUAGCAUGGAUAUUACCAUUCUGAAUAUGAUAUGGGUAUAUAUGACGGGUACUUAUC